GCUAAACUCGCGCUCCGCCUUUGCUCAUCAAUCGGGAGAUGGGCCCAAGGUCGGUUUGCCUGCUGGCGCGCCAUUGACGAGUCCGCUGUCUUCGAUGUUUCUGUUCCCGCCAAUCUUGGCGCGUGUGUAGGUCUGCCGGCUCCUCUUUCCCCUCGCUGCCUUCUUCACACCUCUUCUACACCUCUUCGCUCGCCGCCCUCCUCCUCUAUCACCAUCCGCUAUCCCCUCUCUGCCCGUCGGAGAGUGCAUGGAACACGCCCAACCCCUCCCACCUACCCGCGCCCUCACUCGACUCCUCCGACUCCUUCUUCACCCCGCGGCAAUCGUCAGACACGUGCUGUGACGACUGCCCCAGUGCCCGCCUCAUCAUGGCGUGGUAGUCGCAACGUGAGCGCUGUCUCCGACGCUUGAUCUAUAAGGCCUAAGAGCUGCUAGGAGCUACUCUGGUGUCUGGCCUGCCAAAGCAACAUACCAUGUCGAAAGGCGCGCCGACGCAGACCCGUGUGUAUCCCUCGCGAACGACGAGCCUGGGCCGCAAGCGUGCGCAUCCCUCGAGUCCCCAGUCCACCCGCAAGGACACCAUCGCCUCUUCCGCACCCCGCGCUGAUACCGAUCUUCCGCCCGCCGCCUCCUACUCCUACAUCCGCGAUGUGACCGGCUUGGGCAUCACCACCCCGCCGCCAGCCAGGAUCCGUCCCUCUUCUCCAGAUUUCGGCCUCGAGCCCCCCUUAUCCCCUCGCGGCGACACCACCGCAGCUCCCACCUUUAGCGACCCCGUCAAGUGCGAGCCCCUUCUUGCCCUCACGAUCCCAGUACACCCUUCUCCGCGUCCUAAAGAGGCUACACCACCCACAUCAUCAUCAAAAGGCGAGAAUGGGGCCCUAGAAUCGGCAACGGAAGACGGUCAGAGCAGCGUCGCCUCGUCCCUGCUGAACUUCCGCACCAGCACCGACUCUCACGCUACGGUGUCUACCAUGCCAACGACCCCCGGCCGCCGCGUCUCCAUCACCAGCGAGUUCUCGCGCAGCCUCAGUUUCCAAUCCCCUUUCGCAUCAUACCACUCCACCCCCGCUCCCUCGCGCUCUCCCUCCCCGCCUGCCGGGAAGCGGGCUACCAAGGACUCAGACACCGAGGCCAACGGCGUUCCCGAAGCCACGUCCACCUCUCUCCUGCGCAAAAGACCCUCGUUCAGGAGAAAGAAGUCCACCAGAAGCGCGCCAGACCCUUCGGCAGAAUCCGAGAAAUCGCAAUCCUCCGACGAUCAAAGCGAACGCCGCGCCUCUCGCAGAUCCGGCUUGCUGCGAAGGGCAUCGUCACGCUCAUCGGCGAGGCCAACGAAAGAGUCAAUCAGCGAAAAUGAGGCUCCUGGACCCCUGCGAGAUUCCACGCCCGCCGUGCCACCUCUUCCCAAGUCAUUCUCAACAGACCGCCUGCCGGGCUUGCGAGCGCAAGGCCUCGCGAACGGUCGAUCAACUCCAGUACCGCGAUUGCUGCCAUCCGACAGAGCACUAGGUGGAAACGUGGUCGCGCGGAAGAAAGACGAGCUUUGGAGCGUAUUCCGAGCCCUGGAUGCAGACUUUGCCAAGUUUAACUCCAAGAGUCUGGCUCACAAAGCAGGCGUGGUGCGGUCGUCGUUAUUGCCAUUCCUGCGUACUUACGCGUCUCAUCCUUCCAAUCGCUCCCUUCGGCCGGAAGAUCUUGACAGGCGCGCAAACAUCCUGAACAAAUGGUGGACGGGGCUGGUCGAGUUGCUGCAUGGGCGAAACAAUCAAUCGAUUUCGGGCACCGAUCGACCCGUGAUCCUAGAUGGCAUAUCUGGCAUCCUGGAGAGACCGGAAUGGCGGACAUCACCCUCGCCCUAUUGUCCACUUGAUCGGCGGCUUCAAGAUGGCCUCUCGUAUGCAAAUCGAUCCAAGUCCUCGCUCGCGUCUAGCACUUCGGACUUUCUGGCCGAGACUGUUCACCAGAAUGUGCGCAACAUCUUUGUGCAGAAUCUCAGCGCUCAGAUGGCCUUUGUCGUGGACAAAAUGUCCCUCCGCAACGCAAGCGCCAGCUUGGUGACCUUUUGCGGGAAAGCCUGCGCCUACGCGUUCAUGUUUGUCCCAGGGAUGGCCGAGGUGCUCGUACGACUCUGGGACGUGCCUAUCGAGCCUCUCAGGCGAGUCGUACAGGGCUGUGGCAUCGGAAAGUUCGAAGACAUCUCGUCUGAUGCCGAACACAUCAUCUCUGCUUUCCCGCCCGCCCUUCAGCAACUUGGAUUCUCGUCUUUGCCCAAGUACAUACGAAAGCUCCGCACGCCGCCUCAGCUACCACCAGGGACAGCGAAUAUUGAAUGGUGGGGACGAUGGCUGGAGCGAUGGAGUGGGCGAGAAAGCGACCUCUUCUACGUCUUUGUGAAGCACUUCCACAUUCUGGUGACGGAUUUCAUGCCGCUCGACACCUCCCGAAGGGAGCGCAUCUCCGCCCCAGGUAUGUUGCUCGUCCAUGCGAAGAUUCUGGUCAACCUCGAUGCAACCAUCCAUCGGCACUCCAACGCAGGAGCACCCGACGCGGCACCUGCGUACGCGGACAUGCUUGGUGAUCCCGAUGCGAUUGCGACUCCUUUGCCCAUUCCGCCGACCAAUGCUAUUCGCGUGAUGGCCGAAAAUCGACUCAUCAUGCUAAUACGCGACUUCCUGUCGGAGCGGACUGUGGAUCAUCCGAUCGCUCGACAGCUUUUCGCGGAAUCGUUCAACGAUCUCUUGCACGUCUGCACGACCGGGACGUCGCUAUUCGAUCACUCGGCGUGCUAUACCCUCCUUGAUUUUCUGGAAGAAGCCCUGGUCAUCUUGGCCCGUUUCGACCGUGCGAACGAGCACAGACGCUCGGUUCUGGGGCUGGAGUUCUGGAAGGACGCUUGGAAGAAGAUGAUCAGCAGCCAGAACACCAUGACCGAGAUCCGGCUGUACUCCUUCUUAUACACCAUCUGGAACACGGUGAUCUGCGAAUCCGGAUGGAAGGCAGAUGUCUGUUUCGAUCUGCUUCUGGCCCCCGAGAUCUUUGAGCGGACAUUCAGCCAUUGGUGUCCGAUGGUGAGGGCGUAUUUCAUGCGCUUGCUUUGCUGGCGUGUGGCCCGACACGAUGGUGAUUACUCGAGCGUGGAUGUCGACAUCUUCGAGACUCUUGUGGAGCGAUUGGGAGAGAUCUGGUCGCAUCAUCUCUUCUUACGCGGCCUUAAUGAGCUUCAGGAUACAGUACCGGUGGCUACCAACCCCUGCCACCCGUUUCCCAGCAGACGACUCCUUAUCGUGCGUACAGACACGGCAGUGAGCCCCGGUGGCACUUUUCUUCCAUUCGAUCGCCUAUUCCCAAAGGACGCCCCAAGCUCUCCCGGACCAGGCGUGAAACGCAGUUCAACCGUGUCCGAUGCAGACACCACAGUUUCUCGGCCCGGCUCUGCUCUCUCCUCCGUCGUGUCCGACCCAGAUUCCGAAGAGCAGCGCGGCAGGAGCCUCGGAACGUUCCUCCGCAAUCUCAUGCCCAGCAAGAGCCGGUCCAAGUCGCGCAACGCAUCACGCCCGGAAUCACGUGUUGGCUCGUCACCGCCGCCAGCCCUUCCCACCGGCCUUGUACGAUCUGCGACGGACGACGCGCCAGCUCAGCGAUCCAGCGGAAUCGAAGCGGGCGCCAGACCGGCGACUGAGGUUGUGCCGGCGCUGCGGAAGUUCAGCUUCAAGUUCUCGCUGGAAUUCCACCCGAACGCCAAACCGCUGCCACCGAUGCGCCUCACCGCCCCUCGCGUGCCGCAAUCGACGCAGCAAUUCCUGCUGACGUACUCCAACAAAGCCAACACGCCCAAGCCGGCGCUUGCCAGCGAGCCGACGGGAGAGCAGCGGGUGCAUGCCAAAUACUCCGGCCACGCGCUGGCGGAAUGGGCGCUGGUGCUGGGCGAAUGCCAGAGUUUCUUUGAUCGCCGGAAGAGCGAAGGCUUGCCAUCGAACAAGUUCGUCGAGACGCCGACGCUGGCUGUGGAGGUGUUGCGACGUCCGGGCUAAGCAUCGGCCGGCGAGUGGGAAGCAUGGAGGGACGAGGAUGAAUAGAGUAAUGUUUAUAAACGUAGACUUUGAGAGCUGUACAGUACGGGCUCUGGCGUGUUGAAGCAGUGAUAUGUGUACAGAGAAGACAACGAUACAAUAGUGUGCAGAUAACCCAUAGUAAAUGCAGAUGGUGCUUUCUCUUGUCAAAGAAUCCCCAGUCAGUGUGGAAGUUUGGGUGGGUUGCACCAAGAAUGUGACCGGAACUGGUGAAGUUCUGAAA